AUGCUGCGAUCCUGCUCGCAGAAUGGCUCAAAGAUCUUCAGGUUGACGAGCAGAGUUGGGCAUCGCCCGCUGCAGCGAUAUAACUCUGCACCUACCUCAUAUGUACGACAGUUCGGGAAUGCGCCGCCAUGGAGACCAGCUUCGACUUUGGAUGAGUGGGUUGGAAGGGAAGCUCGUCCGAUUAGUCUUCGACAGCUUAUGGUCUUUGGCCGCUCCUUGACUGAAGCUCGUUUGAUAAGCUCUGCGAACUAUGUGCGAACAGAGCUUCCCACACGAUUGGCACAUCGAAUCCGAGAUAUGCAGACACUUCCAUACGUUGUAGUAACGAAUCCACACAUAAGCCAAGUCUACGAACUCUACUACAAGGCCUUUGAAUCCCUACGUCGAGUUAGAGAGAUCAAGACACUAGAAGACAACGAGAGCUUCUGCAAGAAGAUAGCCCAGACGUUACAGGAACACUUAACCGUGAUUCCCAAGCUGGCUAUGGGCAUCCUCGAAUGUCGAGACCUCAUGAGACCAGAAGAUAUGGAUAAAUUCAUGAACACUAUCCUCAGAUCACGUAUCUCCCGCCGAGUCAUAGCAGAGCAACACCUCGCUCUGACCGAAACAUUCAACUCACCCUGGCACUUCCCCUCCACAACCAGCACUCUGGAUCCUAGCACCGAAUUCGUCGGAGAAGUCUUCCUCCGCUGCAACGCAGGAGAAGUAGUCCGCCGCUGCGGCGACGCCGUAACAUCCCUCUGCGCCGCCGCCUACGGACCCACCGUCUCCCUCCCCACCAUCUCCCUCUCGGGCCACACCUCCGCCACAUUCCCCUACAUCCUCUCCCACCUCGAAUACAUAAUCGGCGAGCUCCUCCGCAACAGCAUCCAAGCCAUCGUCGAGCGCCAAACGCCCUCCCCGCCCCCCAUCGAAGUAACAGUCUGUGAAGCCGCCCAACAUGUCAUCAUCCGCGUUAGCGACCAAGGAGGCGGGAUACCCCGCGACGUGCUCCCGCACAUCUGGAGCUUCAGCAAAGGACCGCGCAGCGAUCAACGACUAGAGAACCUGCGAGGCGUACCCAAGAUGGCCGCUACUUUACAAGAACUCAGGGUAUCAAACGACCUUCCACCCGGUCUCUCGACCUCCAAAAAAGAAGCACCUAAAACAGAAGGCGAAAAAGCCCAUGACUCCUCCCUCUCAACACUUAGCAGUCGUCCGCCGAAUCUGCGGUUGGGCAUGGGUCUCCCGCUAAGUCGGGUGUACGCCGAGUACUGGGCCGGGAGUCUGGAGUUGCAUAGUCUGGAGGGGUAUGGCGUUGAUGCGUUCUUGCAGAUCAGUAAGUUGGGGAAUAAGAAUGAGCAGUUGACUAUGCGGGCUAGUAUGGAUGCUGUUUGA